AUGCCUAAAGCCAAGUGUAAUCAUUCCUCACUAUGCUUUUCUUCCUCCUCCCAUGCUACUGUGACUGGUUUCAGAAGACCAAGUGAGCGACAGCGUGUCGCUGCAACUAAAUCAGAUAAUCGAGUCUUCCCAAGGAGCGACAAAUUGUUCCUCAAUGAAAGCGUACAGGCUUUUCCUGCACCUUUAUUGCUGCCUGAUGACGAUCUUGCUGGUGAGGAGGAGGACCCUCAAAGCUUUCAGGAAUGGGUCGAUGCGGAACAUCGCAAUCCGAUCACCCCAAAGAAAAAGACCAUAUAUGUGGUCCCCUCUCCUCAAGUCGAUCCGGGUCUUGACUUCGUCCGGGAAUGGACACAACCAACAUCAACGGGGAAUGACUGCCAAAUCAAUCCUCCGAGUACGAAAGACGUUCAAGAAUAUCUAGCUGCUUUCUAUCAUGGGCUGCCCGUCAAAAUGAUGCCCUCCUCUACAUUGCGGAUCAUGCCAUGGGACGAAGCCAGAAAGAAAGCCAAAAAGCCAGCGCAAGAGCAAUACCUCGGUCUCAGCAUCGGUGAUGAAUGCGUGCGAAUUCGGGCUCGCACUCUACCAGAAGGGGUGUAUGGCGGCCAGAUCAACUUAACUGAUCUUCUUGAUGCUGCAAUUAGCCUGCUCCCAAAAGAUGCAUAUGCUUUAAUAAUGCUUGUAGAUUACGAUCUUUACGAAGAGAAAGAUGACGAGUUUGUGUGCGGCCGUGCAUACGGAGGAAGUCGGGUUGCAGUGGUCUCCAGUGCAAGAUACAAUCCUACCCUGGACCACAUUCAACGGAUUGAGCGUCUCCAUGCCUGGCCCGCAUCGCAUUGCGAGACAUACAUGUCAGCAUGCACCUCAGCAGAGCCGGCCGCAAAAAACCAGAAGAGGUCUCGGGGCGUUAACAAGGGCUCACAGAAGUCAACACUGGAGCUCGAUGGGCCAGUGAAAGAUGCAGUUUCAGCGUACCAAUCUCUUCGGGAAGUAGAUUCUGCGCCUUCUUUAAUAUAUGCGCUCUGGCUUGGUCGGAUGUGCCGCACCGCAAGCCAUGAGUUGGGUCACUGCUUUGGUAUCGCCCAUUGCGUUUACUAUGCGUGCUCGAUGCAGGGUACCGCAUCUAUCUGUGAGGAUGCUAGACAGCCUCCUUAUAUGUGUCCUGUGGAUCUCGCCAAAGUUCUUUCUGCGACUUCAAGCUCUGCGUCCGAACGAUAUCGCGCUCUUCUGAAAUUUUGCGAGCGACCGGAGAAUCUGGAUACGCAUUUCUUUGGGCCAUUUGCUGCUUGGAUUCGAAGUAGAUUGCAUCAAGUCGAGGACUCUGCCGAUUUUUCAUAG